CCUGUUCACCUUGGGCGCCUCUACUUAAACAUAUUCACAUAUGCAGCUUUACUUUGAGCAUUAAGAUUUUUAUUCAAACUGGACACAAACCACACACACACACACACACACUACAUACUGUUUCCUCAUUUCUGAAGGAGAAGACCACCAUGGCGCCAUCAGUCCUGCAGAACGGUGGAUUCAUUCUGGGUUUGAUUGGUGCAGCAGCCCUCAUCGCAGCCACUGCCAUGAACAAAUGGAGCGUCAAGGACAGGCAGGGGGAUGUGGUGACAUCUGUUUACACCUACAAGGGUCUGUGGCAGGACUGUGAGACGGCCUCCUCUGGGUUCACUGAGUGUCGCCCACUCUAUGGCAUCCUGGGCUUCUCAGGCGCCUUCCAGGCUGUGCGGGCCCUGAUGAUAGUGGGUGUGGUACUGAGCGUGCUCGGGGCUGUGAUAUCAGUUUUCUCUCUGAAAUGCCUCACGAUGAACAACAUGGAGGACACCACCAAGGCCAAGAUGAGCCUCACCGCUGGCAUCAUGUUCAUCAUCGCCGGUGUGUGUGGCAUUGCAGGAGCCUCCAUCUACGCCAGUCAGAUCGUGGCCAGUUUCAGGAUGUCCACCUACAACAACUAUGGAGGAGGAAUGAUGGGCGGAGAGAUGGGGAUGGGUGGAGGAAUGGGAGGAGGAAUGGGAGGAGGAAUGGGAGGAAUGCCCACAUACACAUUUGGCCCUGCGCUGUUUAUAGCCUGGAUAGGAGGUGGUGUCCUGGUUAUUGGAGGCAUCCUGAAGUCACUGGCUUUCAAGGAAAUGGUGAAAGAUGAGAAACCACAUUACCCCGGGGUUGUUUACAAACCUCAGUCCCACAGCAAAGCCGACCUAGAUGACCAGCAUUCAGAGGGCGGCAAGAGACAGCAGAACUAUGUCUAACUUUACCCACUGACAGUUUGCUUUUUAGCUUUUCACAUGCAGCAUGCUUUAUGGGACGUUUUCUUUUUUUUUUUAGUUGCCUCAUAUAUACAUUCAAUACUGCAUCUUUAAUGUCUGAUAAUGGUAAUCUGUAACUUCUCACAUCUAAACAUAACAGGUGGAAUAGAAAGAGGAGUUAUAGCAAAAUAUUUAGCUUUCACAUGCACAUCUUACUGGAUAUUUACAAAUGUGUAGACACUGUGUAAUUGAAGCUUUUUUACUUCAGU